AUGCUGCAAUCAGGAAAAGUUGAUGUGUGUUUCCUUCAGGAAACAAAAUUAUCCAGCUUCAAUCUCAAGUUAGCUGAAGAGUUGUGGGGAGCCAAGGAUGUAGAUUGGACUCACCUUGAUUCAACUGGUGCUUCGGGCGGUUCUGCUAUUUUGUGGAGGAAAGAUAGCUUGGAGCUCCAUUCUAGCUAUAGAGACUUUGGUUAUGUGGGAAUGAAGGCGGAUAUCAACGGUAUGCUUGUUAACUUCAUUAACGUUUAUGCCCCCUGUAAUUACAUCACCAGAACAAGAGUGUGGCGUAGUAUUAUUCGCAGGAAAUUAGCAUCUUCAGGGGAAGAAUGGUGCGUAGGUGGAGAUUUUAAUACUGUUAUGUACAAAGAGGAAAGGAUUGGGAUAGGCACUGGUAGCUUCAGUAGAGACUCUAAUGAUUUCUGCAACUUUGUAGAAACAAUGGAGCUUAUCGAUCUACUGAGUGUUGAAGGGAGGUUCACAUGGUUCAGUGGGAAUGGGAGAUCAAUGAGUGGGAUCUCUGACUGGGGACCCAAACCGUUUCGUUUCAACAAUAGCUGGUAUCUCAAUGAAAACUUUAAGUCUUACGUCACAGAGGAAUGGAGAAAAUUGAACUAUAGAGGAAGAGGUGAUUACUGUGUGUAUGAAAAAUUAAAAAGCAUUAAAUCCAAACUGAAGGACUGGAACAGAGAUGUUUUCGGAUGGAUCGAUCUGAAAAUCAGCAACAACAUUGAUGACCAAGCAAGACUUGACCAACUGUUAGUUGACAACAUUGGAAUGGACGCGACGGAGACUGUGGAGCAAAGAAGGAAGACGAUCGAGAAUUUAUGGAAGAAUCUUGAGAUCAAGGAAAACAUGCUAAGAAUUAAAUCUGGGCAAAGAUGGAGGAACUCUUUAACCUCUGUCAAGACGUCAACAGGGACGGUGGAGGGAGUUAGCCAAGUCAAACACCAUGUUUGGGAACACUUUGCAAACUUUUUCAAGGAAUCCUAUGAUCACAGAUCGAUUCUUGAGGGUAUAAGUUUCAACAGGUUAGAGGAGGUCACUGCAGCAAGUCUUGAGGCUCCUUUUAAUGAACUUGAGAUCAAGCAGGCUGUGUGGGACUGCGAAGGGAGUAAAACACCUGGGCCAGACGGUUUUACGAUGGAAUUCUUCAAGAAUCACUGGGACAUCCUAAAGGAGGAUUUAAUGAAGUUUGUUUCUGAUUUUCAUGCUAAAGAGACUCUAAUUAAAGCCUGUACAUCCUCCUUUAUAACUCUGAUUCCUAAAACUCCAAAUCCGCAGAAUCUAUCAGAAUACCGCCCUAUCUGUCUCGUCGGGAGCCUCCUGAAGAUUCUGUCAAAACUGUUGGCUGCAAGGCUUAAACUAGCGAUUGAUCGGCUCAUAUCAAUUAAACAGUCAGCCUUUAUUAAGAAGAGGAAUAUCAUGGAUGGAGUGGUGGUGGUUAACGAGCUUAUGGAUUUAGCCAAGAGGGACCGUAGAAGCUGUUUAAUUAUGAAAGUGGACUACGAGAAAGCCUAUGACAGUGUUAGUUGGAACUACCUUCGGUUUAUGAUGAAAAGCAUGGGGUUUGGCUGCAAAUGGCAAAAGUGGAUGGAGGCGUGUGUUUUUGUUAGUUCCAUGGCGGUCAUAGUCAAUGGAAGUAGCACAAAUGACUUCAAGGUCGAACGAGGGCUUCGGCAAGGAGACCCUCUAUCUCCUCUUCUGUUUGUGAUCGCAAUGGAAGGCUUAACGCGUCUCAUGGAGAAAGCUGUGGAAACGGGAGACUUCAAGGGAUUCCAAUACGGGGACAACAAUUUUGUCGACAUUUUGCAGUUUGCAGACGACACAAUCAUUUUUGGCGAAAGUGAUCAUCACAAUCUCUGGAGCUGGAAGACUAUUCUGAGGGGAUUUGAACUUAUGUCUGGCCUUAGAAUUAAUUUCCGCAAGAGCAAUAUUUAUGGAAUAAACCUCCCUGUAGCAACAAUGCAGCAGAUAUCCACGUUCAUGUCGUGUGGGAUGGGUUCAACUCCUUUCAAUUUCCUUGGUGUGAUGUUUUACCGAGCGCCGAAGAAGGUGAUCAAGGAAAUAAUAAGUAUCCAAAGGAAUUUUCUGUGGAAAGGUGUGGAAGGGGAAAGAGGUAUCAAUUGGGUUAAAUGGAAAGAUGUAUGCAAAGCAAAAGAAGAGGGUGGUUUGGGGAUUAGAGAUAUCGAAACCAUGAAUAUCUCUCUUCUAAUGAAGUGGAAAUGGAGAAUUUUGACGGAAGAGAACACGGUUUGGAAAGAUAUUUUGAAGUAUAGAUACCAUACUCCCGAGGUAAAAAUGUUUGUGAACGACGACAACGUGAUGAACAAAAAAGAUUCCCUGUGGUGGCGAGACCUACAGCUGAUCAAUGAUUGUGCAUCAUCUAAAGGUGAAAUUCUGCCAAUCAAAACAUCUACAAAAGGUAUAUCCGCUUCUGAUCUUUUCUCGUGCAGGGUAAAAAACGGCUCAAAAACCUCCUUCUGGUUCAGCAAAUGGAUUGAGAACCAAUCGCUUUCCGAGUCUUUCCCGGAACUGUAUGCGAAGGCUGUUAAUCCCUUCAUGACGGUUGCUGAAGCUGGCCAUUGGGAAGAGGCAUUAUGGUGUUGGGAUGUGGAUCAUUGGCUCACCGAAUAUGACGAGGAUGAUGAGUUUUUGAUCCAAAUCAUGGUAGAUAUGCUGCAUCAGUUCCAGCCAGAGCAGCAGACAGAAGAUGAAUUCAAGUGGGCGGGUGAUGCCGAGGAAGAAUUCACGGUAAAAUUGUGUGCUCACACGAUAAAGAAACGUGAUACUGAGAAUAUGGUGGGGAUUCCUGUGAGAAAAACUCUGCUUGCUAUGUGGGAUAUCAAGGCUCCAUCAAAAGUGAAAAUUUUUGCCUGGAGAUUGAUAUUGGAUAGACUUCCAACGAAAGAUCAAUUAAAGAAGAGAGGAAUUUUGGAUACUGAUCGGGACUGUUGUUGUGUCUUUUGUUCUCAGGAAGAGGAGAGUUCUAAACACCUCUUUGAUUCGUGCCCCAUCACAAGAAACAUUUGGAGUAGAGUUGGAGGGUGGUUAGGUAAUUCUUGCAAUCUCUCUAUAGAGGAGUUGCCUUCUUUCUUUACUGUUUCUGAGAAAAUUAAGGGUGUAGAGGAAAGAUUAACUUUAGGAGUGAUUUGGUUAGCGGUGGUGUGGAACAUUUGGAAGAUGAGGAAUGCAAUUAUCUUUAAUGGUUGUAGUUUCAAUUUCGAUGACUGCUAUAGCGCUAUUGUUUUAGCUUCUUGGAAAUGGUUCCGUCUAGUUAAUUCUUCUUCUACAUCCUGUAAUUUUCAUUUUUGGAACAUUUUACCUCUAUCCUGUAUAAAGAGGUAA